AUGGCACUUUUGAAUUGGGAAUUUUUAGUCCCAAAUGGUAUGUUGGCAUCUAGUAUGCCCAGAUCUCUGUCAACCGGUGUUUUGACGCUCUCUACAUCUGGUUAUCUCACCAUAUCUGAUUUGCAAGGAAAAGCCGUUUGGUCCAGUAAUAGUACUCCGCAGGCAAAGGCAUCCAGAGCUUCCAUACUGGACAGUGGAAAUUUUAUUCUUUUAGGCGUCCAAAACACUUCUGAGAUUGUGUGGGAGAGCUUCACAAAUCCCACAGACCAUUAUUUGCCUACGAUGAAGUUUUGGAAAGGUAUGAAAGUAAACUCUUGGAAGAGUUCGGUGGAUCCAGCGCCUGGGCCCUUCUAUUUCCAAAUGGAUCCAUCCCCAGGAAGAAAUAGAUUUUUGCUGCAGUAUAAAAAUGGUGUUUCAUAUUACAGGUGGGCAGAGUUGACUGGUGGAUAUAACGCCACCAUAGCGAAGGCAACUGGUGUAUCGAAAACCGUGUACAACACAUACAAGCUUACGCCCGAAACUAGUUCGAAAUUGAUCCUAAUUAGGACAGUUCUCCAGAGGAAUGGCGAGCUAUCAAUUUACUUUUGGGCUAAUAAUAAAUGGAACCUGUUUCGUGAUAAUCCCCAAUCGAGUUGCGGUGUGUAUGGUCAAUCCGGGGCUUAUGGAGUAUGCUUUACCCCAGAAAACAUUGAGUUAUGCAACUGUGUGCAAGGAUUUCCCCCAAGAGACGCUACUGCCUGGCGUUCUCAGGAGUGGUGGUCAAGCGGUUGUGUUCGGCGUACUCCAUUAGACUGUAUCAAUGGUAGUGACACAACAGAUGGUUUCCUGCAAAUGAGUAAUACCACCUUGUGUGAUGAAGAAUCUGUUCAAUACAGCCAAGAGUCAACGCCUCUAGAAUGUAAAACUGCUUGUCUCAACAAUUGCUCCUGUAUGGCCUUUGCUUUCACUAAUUCUAUUCCUGCAAUUUGUAAAUUGUGGUUUGGCGAUCUGUUAAGCCUGCAGGCUACUUCUUCUCUCAUCCAGCCCUUAUUCAUUCGAUUGGCUGCCUCUGAUAUGCCACAGUCCCCACACAACGGAGGAAGGAACAGCAGAGUAGUUGCACUCUCCAUUUCAAUUCCUUUGGGCGCUAUAAUGGGUACUCUCUUUGCAUGGUUUAUUCAGCGCAGACGUGGAAGAUUGCUUGAUUACGACACACCAAUAUGGCUCCGAACAUUCACCUACAAAGAGCUCAAAAUUGCGACCAACAAUUUCGCCCAAAAGCUGGGAAAUGGAGCAUUUGGCUGUGUCUUCAAGGGAACUCUACCAGACAGUACACUUGUGGCCGUGAAAAAAUUAAAAGGGGGUUCUUCACAAGCAGAAAAGCAAUUCCGUGCAGAAACAGGCACCAUUGGAAACAUACACCAUGUGAAUUUGGUGAGGCUAUGGCGAUUCUGUGCAGAGAGAUCUCAAAGAAUGUUGGUUUUUGAGUAUAUGCAGAACGGGUCUCUCAACUCUUACUUGUCCCGCAAUUCUAAUGAAGCAAACAUAGUUAACAACAACAAGAGGAACGAGAGGAUAUUUGGCUACGGGGUGGAUCUCUGGCCUGCCAAUCACAGUGAAGGUAGAUGUAUACAGCUUCGGCAUGACCCUACUCGAAAUAUUGCGACGAAAUAUUGA